AUGAAGCCAUCAGUGCCAGCCACCCCAGCGGGGUCCAGAAACUCCCUGUGGUCAAUUUUGAUCUAUCUUUUCGCUGUCCAGGGUCUAGGGUCCGCCAUCAUUUCAGGCGGCAUAGAGUUCGCCAUUGCCUACGCUAUGUACCAUUCCCGCAAAGAUCGCAUCACCCUGUGGGCGUUCCCUCACACACUCUCGGGAGAUUGUGCGCUGAGUCUGCUCAUUCAGGUCGGCCUCACAUGGGCCAGUGAAGAGCUCUUGGUCGGGUUCGAUGACUACAAAAAACCUGUGUUUAGACUAAAUAAAUGGGUUGUGAAGCCAUCGCCUCUGCGGAACGACUCCAGCGAAGAGAUCCCGGCGCCCAGGAAGCGCUUCAUUGUAGACUACUUCGAGUCCGAAAACAACCUUAUUUCCAAUCAAAGCGCUCUCUAUAACAACCACAAGUGGCUAUUCGCCUUUCUAGAGGUUAACCGAGGGAUUAUACCCAAGGGUAGCGAUGCCACGCUGAAAGGCUUUCUUGCAUCUCAAUUCAUUCAUGACAGCUCCCGCUCUAAGUUUGUGAACUUUCUGGAAUGGACGGUACAGAAAUUCAUCAGAUCCAUGAUUCUAGCCGUGCCCAUGUUCAUCGUAAUUUGGCCCAUUAGUAUGGGGAUUCUUGCUGGCAUAGGCCACAAGAUGGGGUCCUACGAAUACUACUUCAACGAUUACCCGCUACCGCAAGUUAUGAAGUUGAUUUCCGGUGUUGUCAUUGCGUUGGUAUGCACCCCAGCGACCAUCGUCGUCAUUGCGUUGCGAAACCAAUUCCAUGAAGAGCUUUACUAUGAAGGUUUAGCCAAUGGCACGCUACUACAGGACCAAGAAAGCAGUUCCGCGGGUAAUGUCAGUUCGGGGUCCACAGAUCAAGAUGUCAGCAGCACCAAGCAACAAUCUAUGGAAGCAAUGGUAUGA